GUAACAGCUGCUACUUUUGUCUAUUUUGGCGAGCUAUCUAAUCGGUUACUACCUAGCUAGUUGUACACUGAUGUAUUUGCUUGUUAGCUGACAUAAGGUCGAACGGCGCACUUAAUUUCAGACGAUCUCUUAGGAUUUUAGAAAGUUGCCAGUAUGUAUUUGAUGCUUUUCACCAUAACUAACGUAAGCUCUAGCUAACGGUAGCCAGCUAGCGGGUUAUCUUACUUUGAACAAACAACAAUGAAACAAAACUCGUGGUGGUGGUGAACAGGUGAAGGCUAACCGUGAAGUCAGGCGCAGCUCGAAUCAAUAUUAGUUCAACACCGUUUUAGCCUUAUUCUGUAAUAAUUUGUUGAGAUUGCUAAUGAGCUACCUAGAUGAAAACGAAGAGGUUAGAUUUUUUCGUCCAGCACCCAUUAGGCAAAUCCGACACUGAGUUAAGGGGAGACGACCUGGGAGCUCGUUGUCUGACGAGUUCAUCUUGGAUGAUGAGCAGAGCUGGUCCUCGCUGCAGUGACCUGACCGGACAUCGGGGUUGUUGCCAAAGAAGCCCGUCGCACAGCCAGGCUCAGUGUCCGCCUCAGCGGGAGGAAACCCGAAGGUCGUCAUGGUGCAGGAGGAGGAGUCUUCUGAUGCUCCCAGCUCUGUUCAAAAAGUCUGCCCAGACGAGCAAUACGAGCCUUCCCAGCAGGUGCUCUCCGUUCUGGUGAGACACACGUACAAGGCUGACCCGGAGAACUCGGGAGAAGUCAUCGUGCAAAACCAGCUAGCCGACCGGCUUCGUUAUGUCAAUACUCCUUGCAAAAAUGGACAGUACGAGUGCCCUUACUGUGGAAAGCUCUUUGUGAAGAGAACCUGCUUCAGGCAGCAUUUGCAGUAUCCGUGUGAAGGGCAGUACAAGUGUUCGUUCUGUGGGAAGAAGUACAACUUAAAAUCCUGCUACGAGAAGCAUCUGAAGUUCCUGUGUGUAGUGAUUAAGAAGGCACAGCCGAAGCGCACCUGGAAAGAUGUCCCCUUGUUGCCCCGACUACGGAUCCGGAAGCCAGCCAACCUGGAGGUGGAUAAUGAUAUCCCCGUGUCGCCCCGACUACGGAUGAGGAAACUAGCCAUCCUGGGGAACCCGGGGAAAGUCAAGGACGACCCCAGCGAGGAGGAGUCCGAAGACAGCGACUCCAACAUCGGGGAGACGGAGGCCAGCGGGUCGUGGGACGUUGAGGAGAAAGCGGGCGACGACAGUCAGGAACCGGACCUUCUGGACCCAGGUCCGUUCACGUGCGACUGUGGAAAGCUGUACCAGUCCAAGAUCUGGUACGAGAGGCACCUGAGGAAGGGGUGCGGCCGGCACAAAGAAGGGGUCUCCAGCUCCAGGCCGGCUCCCCCGGCGGUCCGUCUGUCCCAGAGAGUGAAGCGCGAGGCCAGGGAGCCCGCUCCGCACAAGGGCCCUGGCGGCGGCCAUCUUACCCCCAGCCCCGCCCGCCGUCCGCACACACUCCCCCCCGAGCCCGCUGCCGCCUCCGCAGGGCCCAGCCUGGAUCCUGCCGCACUGGUCCAGUGGUGGGGGGUGGAGAGCAUUCCCACAGAUCAGCUGGUGUACUGCUGCAGCGUGCCCUACUGUGGUGAGAGCUUCAUGGACGAGGGGGCCCUUCGGGAGCACCAGCUACACCACGCCGGCCAGGAACCGGAGAACGCAGGAGACAAGGAGAACAGGAGGUGGGUGUGGGUGCACGAGGACCAGGCCGUGUGCGGAGCUUCAGGCAGCAGUCCUUCCGCAGAGAGUCAGGAGCCCCACACCGAUUAUUUGUCGAUGAUCCAGAUCAGCAACGUAAAGUCACUGGUCACAUCUCAAGAGGAAGUGCCCCCAUCCGCAGGGGACUGGCCACAACCGGAGGGCGGUGACCCCUCUUCGGCAUUCGGAGACAAAGGCGUCGCUCCCCGUGCUGACAAACUAAGGUGGCGGUGUUGGGUCCUGAAGUGCAUACGAAACCGCACGUCGACACAGAAAUGGCUGAACUCAGGGGGAAGGCGGGCGCUCUGUCUGCUGUGCGGCCGGUGGUUCGGUCGGAGCAAGGCUCUGGAUCAGCACGUGGCGUCGGCCCACUGCCGGAGCUCCCGGUACCGCUGCGGCAGCUGCAACAUGAGCUUCAGGGCCCGGACGGACCUGUGCAGACACGUGCUGCAGGCGCACUGCGAUCUGAAGAAGCUGAAGUGUUGUGCGUGCAGACGGAGAUAUCGAGCAGCACAUCAUCUGCAGCGUCACGUCCUCAAACAGCACUCCAGCUGGCGUUGACGGCAGGGACCGGGCCUCGCGUGUCGCACGCUGGAGUUCCUCACCUGCAGCGGCUGUCAUCAGUGAACCCCUGCUCCUCUUCUCCUCUGUUAAUGUGCAAGGUGCUCCAGGGAGCGGCCGCUGCCCCCUCAAGACAACACUGACUCUCUGAAUGCCUGUUCCAUUUCCUGUAGUGUUUUUACAUUUGAAAGAUCACCAUAGAUAUUUUCUGUGCGAGUGAGUGAGUGAGUGAGUGAGUGAGUGAGUGAGUGAGUGAGUGAGUGAGUGAGUGAGUGAGUGAGUGAGUGAGUGAGUGAGUGAGUGAGUGAGUGAGUGAGUGAGUGAGUGAGUGAGUGAGUGAGUGAGUGAGUGAGUGAGUGAGUGAGUGAGUGAGUGAGUGAGUGAGUGAGUGAGUGAGUGAGUGAGUGAGUGAGUGAGUGAGUGAGUGAGUGAGUGAGUGAGUGAGUGAGUGAGUGGGCAUUGGCCCCUUUAUGGUGAACAAGUGCUGGAUUUUUGUUUUGUUUUUGGUUUUCUAUAAAUGACGUUUUUUAAAUAAAUACACAAUGACCACUUUAGUAGGUAUUUAUUAUUUUAAACCAACCUGUUUUUUGAUGUAUUGGUCUUCUGCUGCAUAAGUUUCAACGUCUUGUGUGUUCAGAGAUGCUGUUCAUUGACUGUUGUAACAUGUUGGUUGAGUUGCUAUCACAGUCCUGUCGGCUUUGACCAGUCUGGCCCUUCUCCACUGACCUCUCUAUUAACGACGCAUUUUUGCCCAAGAACUGUCAUUCUCUGGAGAUUUUUCAUUUUUAUUGCACCAUUCUCUGUUGUCCGUUAAAAAUACAUGUAAGUUUGAUCAAUUUUAUUGUUAUCUUUUUGUUAAGUGAAGCCAAGGGACCUUGGUUGUUCUUAUGAUCAUUCCAUCUCAAAUCAGACAACAAGAUUUCAGGAGCUAUUUCAAUUCAGCAGUCCAUGUUAUGUUCAAAAUGGCCACUACAUUUGGGGGCAAUUGCUCAUAUGACAGUAUCUCAGGCAAAUAUCUUUUUCAUUGUGGUAGAUUUCCACAUAGCUCUCAUGAAUUCCAAAAUAUCAAAUAUAAUAAACAUGGCGAAAAUGUAGGAUUUCUCAGUGGAGAAAACCCCUCAUUGGUAUACACUCACUGAGCACUUUAUUAGGAAUGACUGUACACUGUACACAUGCAUAAAACUAUGUGAUUAUCUAAUCAGCCAAUCAUGUGGCAGCAUUGGAAUGCAUGCGGUCAUGUAGAUAUGAGUCAGGAGCUUCAGUUAAUGUUCACAUCAACCAACAGAAUGGGGGAAAAAAAUGUGAUCUCUGAUUUCGACCGUGGCAUGAUUGUUGGUGCCAGACGGGCUGGUUUCAUUUCUAUAACUGCUGAUCUCCUGGGAUUUUCUCUAGAGUUUACUCAGAAUGGUGUGAAAAACAAAAAACAUCCAGGGAGCAGCAGUUCUGCAGACAGAAACACGUUGUUAUUGACAGAGGUCAGAGGAGAAGGGCCAGACUGGUCGAAGGUGACAGUAACACAAAUAACGACACGUUACAACAGUGGUAUGCAGAAGAGUAUCUCUGAACAUGUAAGGCAUCUAAUCUCUAAGUGGAUAGGUUACAGCAGCAGAAUUAAGAAGUCUUAAUUAGUAAAAAAAAAAAAAAAAAGAAUUUGUCUAAUGAAUACCUAAUAAAGUGCUCACUGAGGUUAUGUAUUUCGGUUUCUUUCUGUAAUAUUGUAAUGGCAGUAUUUCCUCAUUCUUGUUUUCCGUACAACAAACAUUUCAAUGACUCAUUUGUGGCAUUUAUAAUUCUUCCAUUUCAAUGGUUGAUGCCAAAUACAGCUACAUGAUUGGCUACUUGUCCUCUGAGGGAAUGAAAUGCUAAAUGCAUUGCACUCUGUGGGCAAGUGAAAGUACUAAAAUACAAUUAAAAAAUAUAAUGUUUUUUUAUCAAUUUACAUCUGAGUAACUUAUAUUUUAAGAUUUUUGCUGAUACCUAGGACCCGUACGGACCUGCAGGAAGUAUAGUGAGGCGAAAGACCCUGAUAUAUCAAAACUUGACAGUAUAUUGGUUUUAAUACACUGCUGUGAAAUAUAUUUAUCAUAUUUCCAAAAUCCACUUAUUAAAUCCACAGUAUUUUUCCCUGCAUUCAGUUUAUGGGAGCGGGGAUGAUUGUAAUGUGAUUAUAUGUUUUUAUAACUGUUCAUGUUUCAGCUUCAUGAAAGAAAGCAUUUGCAAAGAAACACAAAGCUUUGUUCUUCUGCAUCACGUUAUUUUUGUGAAUGUUUACAAUUAGAAAAUAUUUGGGGUUGUUUACCAGUGAAUCCUCAGUUUAAGCAGAAUAGUGUUGCGUUAUGUUAAGCAAACUGUACCAGAAUUAAACCUGCUGUGACCACAU